AGUCCAAAACGAGUCCGUUUGAGAUAUUUUCAUUUCCACCACUUCCAAACGUUUUUUUUUUUUUUUUCAAUUUUCAAAAAUCUCUCGUCGCUCCGAAGUCAGAUCUAACUGAGAGAGACUCUCCCUCUCUCUAAGCUCUCAACAAUGCCAGCGACUGACGCAGACUUCGAUCUCAGAUCGUCUCCUACUUCCGCCUUCACAACCGGAGAGCAUGCAUUUGCUGAUGUUGGAAACUUGGACCACUGCGCAAAGUACUUGAACCAAACGCUUGUUACGUAUGGAUUUCCGGCUUCGCUCGAUCUCUUCGCCAAUGAUCCGGUUUCGAUCGCGAGGACUUGCAAUUGUAUGUACUCGUUGCUUCAGCAGAGGCAGCGCGAUGUUGAAUUCAGAGACUCUGCUAACGACCAAAGACAGCGGCUACUAUCAGACAUAUCAAGAUUAGAGGCUAAAGUUGAGAGGCUUGAGGCACAAAUACAAGCCAAAGAUAGGGAGAUAGCAACCAUUACGCGAACGGAAGCCAAAGCCACUGCAGCUUUUAAGGCUCAGAUUGAAAAGCUACAGCAGGAGCGAGAUGAGUUUCAAAGAAUGGUAAUUGGUAAUCAGCAAGUGAGGACUCAACAGAUACAUGAGAUGAAGAAAAAAGAAAAAGAGUACAUAAAGUUGCAGGAAAGGCUAAACCAAGUGUUGAUGGAGAAAAAGAAGGAAUCAAGAUCAGGCAUGGAGAUAAUGAAUUUGCUUCAGAAAGAAGGGCGACAACGUGGAACAUGGAAUGGGAAAAAGGCCGACAAUGAUUUCUAUAAAAAGAUUGUGGAUGCAUAUGAGGCAAAAAAUCAGGAGUUGAUGGCAGAGAAUACUGAUUUAAGGGCUUUACUGCGAUCAAUGCAGGCGGAUAUGCGUGAUUUUAUAAAUGCUCCUAAUGGGUUGUCCAAGCAAUCUUUGGCUGCCAAUGAAAGAGUCGAAACUGACCCCUCACAGUCCCCGUUGGGAGGGAAGACGGAUGUCUUUGACCUGCCUUUUCAUAUGGCUAGAGAUCAAAUAGAGGAAAGCCUCCGAAAUAAGAUGGCUUCCAUAAAGGAGCGUAUGGGUCAAUUGCAAGAUGCACAAAAAGAUGCAGAAGUUACUUCUGAAGCAACUGAAAGGGAGCUUGAACUUGAAGCUCAACUUGUUGAGGCAAGGAGCAUAAUUCAGGAGCAGGCAUCCAUAAUGUCUAAACAUCUUGCUAAGUCUGAGAGGCCAAGGGAUUCUAUCAUUUCAUCACCAGCUGAGGGAGUAAGAAAUUGACAUGCCAGGCAAAAUUUUGGCCCAUAUUCGAACUGAGGUUUGCCGUAUUUGGAGAUGAGUUGCAGCUUGCAAGCUUGUAUUUUUGUAUACUUAUUCCUGAUUGUAGUAUACAGAAUGAUCCUUAUGUUUGUAAAAGCUAGAAUCGGUAGUUUUCAGCUGUAAUGUUAUUGUAAUUAUGUAUCUAGAUUUCCCCUAGUGAUGUAAUGCUUACAAGUGCUUUUAUCAAAUCAUUUUCGGGCAGUAAUAACUUAGUAAAUUCAAACUUAUGUAA